UUAUUAGCCGCUCGAUUUUUUUUCUUUGUGAUCAUAGGUUUCGCAUUCGAAUUCGCUUCUAAAUGUAGAAGUAGAAGAGAAUUUAAGGUUUAUUUAUGUUAUCGCGCUGUAUCAGCUUUUUUUGUUUUUGUUUUUAAUCAAAUGAUAAAACAGAAGUAUGUUGUUAUCGCAUGUUCGUGUGUGAAUGAUAAAUGAGACAUAUCAUUUGGAAUUGUGCGUGUUUAUGGAAUUGUUUUUCCAUUAAUAAAUGGCCAGCUUAGAAGAAUCGCUUAUAGCAAGCGCAAUCGAAGCCAUGAAUAUUGAGGAUUAUUGGCCAACUUUUGAUAGCACUGAAGAUUUAGACGACGAUGAUGAUAGUGAAUAUUCUAUAAUACUUUAUUUUUAUGAAGAACUUCUCAGUCAUUUAAUUCAACGUCACAAGGUUCAAGAUGGUGAUUUGCAACAGGCAAUUAAGCACCUUGUUUAUAAUUAUGGUCAUGUUGCAAAUGGAAAAACACCUAUGGAACUGGACUACAAUUAUUUAAGUAACUGUUUAGGGUAUUUACAUAGAUACGCAGCAUGUCAUACUGCAUUAGUUCUUAGUAUUAUGAUUAGAAUAUUUCACAAGUGUCCACCACCUGCUGUUAGAAGAAUAUUAGCGUUGAAAAAUCAGUUGAACGUUGUGUGUAUAGGUGGCGGUCCUAGUAAUGACUUGGUUGGUUUCUUAAGUGCUAUAUAUGGCAAACAUUUUGGUCUGUUGGAUUUGGAUAUUACAGUUGUUGAUAAAAUGUCCGGCUGGGAACUUAUUUUUCAAGAAACUAUUCGAAGACUGAGACUUGGAGAAUGUGGUAAUGUCAGCAAAAUAUUUAAAGACAUAAAUGUAAAAACCUCUUUUUUGCAAGGAGAUUUUAAAUUUCCAUCAACAUGGAAUAACGAAUUGAAGGUGAAGCUGGCUAAUGCAGAUAUAAUGCUUCUAACUAAAGUUCUGUCUGUGGUUCCUGAUGCAGAUAAAUUGGUCAUUUUAAAGAAUAUUGUCCUCUCUAUGAAGCCAGGAGCCCUUCUCAUAUUCAUUGAUUGUCCCUACCCUUCUGCUCAAUUUCAAGCUCUUCAGAAAUAUCUCGACAUUAUCUAUGAAGCAUCUAAAGAAAAAUUCCAGUUCGAUUUUGAAGUUCAAAGAUUUGGUUUUCCUAACAUCACUUCGAGCAGAGCUGUUGUUAGAGUAUGUGCAAAAAAAUUUAUUUUAGGUGAAUAAUAAAAAAAAAUGGAAUCGUCACAAAUGGUUACAAUAUUUUCCCCUCGGAAUUGGAGACCUGUGUUCCCUUCCCUUCUUUCGAUUUCUGAGUAUUUAACAAAAUAUUGCAUGAUUUAUGCCUCACAGUUAAAUAUGAAAAAUUGAGUACUUAUUUUAGACGUCUUCGUUUUGGCGGAUUGAAGCAAAAAUUUGAUUUAUGUGUAUACGUUUUUUGACAAGACUACAUAUCAAAUUUCAUGUAUCAAGUUUUUUAUGUUAUAAAGUGAAUUUUUCAUGUACACGAUAUACUUAUAUCUAUAUAUAGGUAUGUCUGUGUGUGUGUAAACAUAGUUUAGCAGAUGCGUGGCCGAGAAGGAGAAACUUUUAAAACUUUGAUUUAUUCCAUCCUGGGAGGCAUAAUUUGUACAAAGAAACGAUCAUAAAGGAUGCGUCAGUCUACAUAGCAACACAAAAGCAGAAGAGCAAAAGAGAGCGUGAUUUUUUGUUUAAUGGUUUUUAAAAUGAUAUUUUGAUAGGAAUUACUUUGACACAUAUCGAUUUAGGUUAGGGAAAUUUAGGUAUAUAAAAGCAUUCUGACAACAUUAAACAUUUGUAUCUUUGACUCGGAGAGUGAGAAUCUGCUGAUUUCAACAAUUUUACAGAGCACGUGUAUAAUUAAUUAAAUAAAAAGUAGGAAUUGGAUCAAUAACUAAGAGAACAUUUUAGAAUGAAAUUAAUAUGAACUAUAUUAAUUUGGAAAUGAAUAUAUCAUUGUGAUGAUAAUAUUAUGCACCAUAUUAUUCAUCUGCUUACGCUUUUGUGUUUAUUUUCACUCAGGCAGAUCGAUUUUGUGCGUUCGGAUUUUGUUCAAAAUUUGACAGAAAUCUGCAAAUUUGAUCCAUAUUACAAAGUAGAUUUCAUCUUUUGGUUCAUUAAGGUUUCUGAAUUGUUUUGCUCACAUAUAGGCAGCAGACAUUACUCCAAAAAUUUGUUUUUCUAACUCGGGAAAAUGCACAAGGCGAAGAUUUAUCAAAAUUGCGAGAUCGAAUUUUCCCCCUGAGUCUUUGCUCUUCCUGUAUAAUUGGCACAAAGAUAAAAUUAUUAUAUUUUUAAAAGAAAUUGUUUUUCUACUUUAAACAACAAUAGAAUAAAUACAUAAAUAAAAGAGUUUAUUUUUCUCAGUAUCAUUUGUCUUCUCAUUGUAAAAGCAAACUGUUAAUGUGAUUAUUAUUUUUCAUACCUUAUUCAUUUGUAAAAUUCACAAUUAUAAAUGGAA